UAGAACAUGGCUCUUUGGUUUCCCCUCCCAAUCCCAUUUUUUGAUUUGUUUCAGAGAAGAUAAUAAGAGAAGAGAGAAGAAGAAAGAUGAUACCACAGCAAUGGGCUUCUCCGUGCGGAAAACAAUGCACCGAUAAAUACGCAGCCAUCACCAAACUCCCAUGGAGAGUAUUCUGCAAAAAAGGAUGCAAUUCAGAUGGAGACACAUGGGAGGAAUGUUUGGAGGACUGCAAUCAACUAUGCUACAAAGAUCCUGUACUAAAGGACCAGCAGUGGAGUGCUUAUAUUGAUCGUUCUCCUGGAUCUGCCAGUUAUUCAGAGGAAUGCUUCCAUGCUUGUGUAUCUGGCUGCGGUUACAAGUUUGAGGUUGAACCAGACGAGGCUGAUAAGGUCUCUCCUAACAGGCCAGUGAAGCCAGAGCCUAUUCAGAAGCCGAAACCAAAACCUGUAGACCCCAUCGACCCGCCUGAUAUGCCUGAUACUUCAGCAUAGUUAAAGACAACCUAACCUAAGUUUACUAGAAACAAUGUGUCCUGAAAAAAAUAUUUUUUGUUUUUACUUAUAAUUAUAAAAACGUCACUUUAAUUUCAGUUUAUUUAUUGUUUUCAAUUUUAUUUUAUUUAAUGAAACGAACUGAAAAUAAGUGAUGGUUUUACAAUUAAAAGUGAAAAUAGAAAAUUAAAACAGAUUUUUUUUCAAGAGACCUUAAAUUCUUCUUUAUUUGGUAUACUUUUGCAGGAAUAUGUUAACUUUUCAUCCUACUUCAUGCUUUUUAUCAGCAUGAUGAUAAGAUCCUUUUUGUAGGAAACACUGCAAUAGUACACUAUGAUUUAUGUUUUUUAAUAUGUAACCUUGAAAUAUUGAAAAUAUUUGUAGUUGUAUUAGAGUGUAACUGUGGAUGCCAUGAAUUUGUUAUAUAAAGUUGACCUAGAAUUUAAUUUUCCA